CGUCAUUCUCCAGCAAAGCUCUGGAAAUACAACGAAUACCAUCGGGUGCAUUCUGACAGCACAAAUACUAUGCGGAGAGGCCGUUUCCUUAUAAUUCUUCCGGUGCUGUUGGUGAGCUUUGCGGACUUGCUUCCUGGUUUUCUAUUUUGGCCACAGAGGCACUUGAGAUGUGCCCGAGCUGCUGGUGAGGCUGUAGGUCCAAUCACCGUGGAAAGACAAAUUUCGAAAGCUCGACAGGAGGAGUUGGGAACGACUUCCUGGGCUUCCUGGGACACAGACACAGAACUCACUGCGACAUGGCCAGUCACUUAUGCGGAUCCCGAAACCGUGUUCGUUUUGGAAGGCUCUGCUACAGUGGGACCUGAGGGCGGCAGCACCGUGGAGUUGCAACCAGGAGAUCUCGCGUCCUUCCCACCAGGUCAGACUUUCAUUUGGACCGUGCAAUCAGCUCCACUGCGCAUGAAGCGUGGCAUCCGGACACAAAGUGGGAAGAUCGUGGCACCAUUGAGCUGGCGCUGAUGGCGCUGAUGGCGCUGAGCUCGAAAUUUAAAUGGAUCUAUGAUUUGUUUUUGGGAGAACAGGAUUUUGUAGAAUAAUUGUUUGAAAGAUAUGAAGUUUGCUGCCAUCACGUGUUUUUUGACUAGCAUGGGGCUCGAG